AUGACGAAGCCGCACAAACAAUCCUCGAUCGCCCGGCCGACGGACGGUCUUAUCAGCGCAGCGAGCGAUAUGCCAGAAACGGCUACCCUGUCGAGACGAAAUGCGGGCCAGCGACUCGUCGCCGUCGCCGCCACCAAGCUCCCCAGAUGCGUGCAACGUAAGCUGCCCUGCGUUCAGGCGCCCGUAAGAUGCCACCCGCGGCCGAGCCCGUAUCGGUGCGCCGAGCAACGCGCGCUCAAGAGGCCCUACCGAUUGGCGGCGAUCGGGUUGUCGGUGGCUAACCGGACGACCGACGGUCGCGCCGACCGGAGGAGCUCGGCCAUCGGCACGCCCCGCUGCAAGAAGAGCCUGUCGAUGAUGGAUCUGUCUCUGGCUGACGGCGACAUCGGCGAUCUCAAGUCGGAGAGUGGCUCCACCGACGAAGCCACCGACAGGUCCAAAGACCUCUUGACGAACGGCGGGAGCGCCUACUACAGCGGUAGGUCGUGGACGGACGUUACGCCUUCCUCGGAGUCGGAGCAGGGCGAGGCGGCCGGUCCGACGGUCAGGGCGGCGAACGUGGUGUGUCGCGUGUUAGUACUGAACGCCUGGAGACGUAGACGCGCCGAGAUCGCACAGCUGGAGCAACAGGUGGAGCAUCUGCACCUCCAGAUCGAGUUCCUGCGCCGAUUGCUGUUCGCCGAGAACGAGCGAGUCGGCCGAUUGAACGGCGAACUGCAUCGCGAGAAGUCGCAGUUGCAGGAGACGAUUGCGGAGCGCGACAAUGUCAAAUCGGAGAAGGAGAAGCUGCAGGACGAGCUGAGGCGCGUCGAAGAGGUCGCCCAGGAGCGAUCCGUCGCCGUGGGGAACCUGAGGAACGAGCUGCUGACCGCACAGGACCAGCUGAGUACGCUCGACGCGCAAAUGAGCAAGGAUCGGGAGAAAAUUUUGAAGCUGCGCGAGGACAAGAGGAUCCUUCUGGACAAGGUGUCGAUGAGCGAGGUGUUGGCGGCAGAUCGCGGCGCGCGCGCGGAGGAAGCGGAAUCCGCCCUCGAGGAGCUCCAGGUACGUCUGGCGACGCAGAUGGCCCUCGUCGAUUCCGCCCAGGAGGAGCUGCAACGCACCUCCAAAGAGUUGCGGACCACGGAGGCGGAGAGGCAGCGAUUAGAGAGGUGUUUGAAGUCCAGCGAGAGCAACGGCAGGGCUUUGAGCUUGCGCGCGAUCUCCCUGGAGGACCGGCUGGCUGAUCGGGAAGCCGCGCUGCUCCGUCUCGAGUCGGAGUACAACUCGCAAAUGACGGAAUUAAGCGAGCUGAAGGAGCAGCUAUUGCGGCAGUCGCAGGAGGACGGUUGGCGCAAGCGGGUGCUGCAGUUCGCCGGCAGCAUUAUGCGCGCGUCAAUCCUGCGGACCUUCGCGUUUCUGUCCAGCGCCACUCUACCGCCGUAGGAAAUUUCGAGCGUCUGAAAUGCUUCAACGUGACUCUGGACACCGUUUUAAACUAUGGAACGUCGUCGUACAUAGAUGACAUCAUGG